UUACAUGGUAUUCUACUUAUUUUCAAAAUAAAUUACAAGUAAUUGCCAGCUGAUCUCUCUCUCUCUCUUCAAACGCACACACCACAGUGACGCAGAUACGGCCAGAGGGUUGCAACGGGAUUGCUGUUUCAUCAAACACUUGCGAUGGUGCUGCUGCAGCUUUCACUUCAACGAGUGAGGAACGUGAGGCUGUUGAGUCCUCGGAUAUUUGCGCUUGCGAAUUCUCAGUUUUCAACUGCUGCUGAACCGUCUUGGAGACAUGGAAAUUCGCUUAGAGUGCCAAAUCUUAUUGGUGGUAGAUUUGUAGAUUCAGAAUCAUCAGACUCAAUUGAUGUCUUGAAUCCAGCAACACAAGAGGUAGUUUCACAAGUACCGUUAACUACAAACGAUGAGUUCAAAUCUGCAGUUUCUGCUGCAAAACAGGCCUUUCCAUCCUGGCGGAACACACCAAUUACUGCACGGCAACGCAUUAUGUUUAAGCUGCAAGAUCUUAUUCGUAAAAACAUGGAUAAGCUUGCCUUGAACAUUACCACCGAACAAGGGAAGACACUUAAGGAUGCACAGGGUGAUGUGUUCCGUGGGCUAGAGGUGGUGGAACAUGCAUGUGGGAUGGCAACACUUCAAAUGGGAGAGUAUGUUUCCAACGUGUCAAGCGGAAUUGAUACCUAUAGCAUUAGAGAACCUCUUGGUGUUUGUUCUGGGAUUUGCCCCUUUAACUUCCCUGCAAUGAUUCCCUUAUGGAUGUUUCCUGUUGCAGUUACAUGUGGAAAUACCUUCGUCCUAAAGCCAUCUGAAAAAGAUCCAGGGGCUUCUAUGAUUCUUGCCGAGUUGGCCGUGGAGGCUGGUUUGCCUAAUGGUGUCCUGAAUAUUGUGCAUGGCACAAAUGACAUUGUUAAUGCUAUAUGUGAUGAUGACGAUAUUAAAGCUGUAUCAUUUGUUGGCUCAAAUACAGUAAGUAGUUUGCAUGCUCGAAAUGACCUUUUCAUUUCAAUCAAAUUUUAUGGAGUAGUGUUAAAUUAUUAACAUCUAGGGGGAAAA